CUUCGGUCCGCAGAACGAACAAACCCUACGUGGAAUAGCAAUGAAGUAAAAUAAAAAAUUCGAGAAAAGUGGGCCCCUUGCACAUCAAACACCGUUGACUCAGAUGACCUUUUUCAAUCACGCCGGAUGGACCAAUCGAAGCGGUGAAUUUCCUCAAUGUGGGCCCAGUCUUAGUCACGUGGGCUCCACUUAAUUGCCACAUGUCCCAUUUGCCGUCACUGAAGAGCGUUAGUCAUCAGAUUCAGCUACGAGGGGUAGUUUCCUCGCUAAAUAUAGAUCAGAUUUGCACGUGAACUGUGAUAUUGAACGCAAGUAACACACUGGUAAUUUACUACUGUUUGGUCUUCUUCUAAAGUCUCAAACGCCCUUUUUGUUGCCGAGUCCAUUGCACCGUUCCCAUCCUCAUCUCUCUUGAUUUAUGGCCAAAGCCAGUGGACUCUCCAUUGAUUUAGAUCCUCCCUUUUCCUUGUUUCUUCACCACCCAACCGUCCUCAAUUCUUUCCCUGAAGACAAGACAGACAACAACGUUGUUAAGAAUCCCAAGUACCGCAGCAAAAUCGUGUUCCCUGCUACCACUCCCAUGGAUGAUGUUACAUCAGCGAAGACUUCUCCACCACCCACCAUUCAGUUCCCUGUUUACCUCAACUGUUCCCGUGAUCAACACCCUUCUUUUCCCUCUGAUGAUAAGCGCUCGGUCGUCGGUGAGAUGGAUUUUUUUGCCGAAAAGGAUAAUAAACUUGUUGAUGAUCAUGACAGGAUUGAUGAUGGUGAUGCCAAUCCUAUUCACACCUCCGAUACCGACAUCAAAGACUCCACCGACCGAACUGUCCUUGAGAUGAUUAACGUUAACACUGGUCUAAAUCUGUUAACUACCAAUACCAGUAGCAAUCAAUCCAUAGUGGAUGAUGGCAUAUCUUCCAACAUGGAAGAUAAAAAAGCUGAAAAUGAGCUAUCUGUUUUACAAGCUGAGCUGAGACGAAUGAACGCUGAGAAUCAACGGUUAAAGGAGAUGUUGAGCCAGGUAACUAGCAGCUACAACACGGUACAGAUGCGUCUGCUCACCCUGAUGCAGCAACAGCAUGAUGGGAAAACUGAAAAAGCUGAAGAACAAGAUCAGACGAUGGAGGAAAAAGUAGAACAAAAGAAACCAAAUGGAGGACUAAUAGUGCCAAGACAGUUCAUGGAUCUUGGUCUUGCAGCUGCUGCUGCAGCUGAUACUGACGAACCUUCGCUGUCUUCGUCGGAAGAGAGGAGUCAGGACCCGUCUGGAUCGCCUAAUAAUAACACGGAGGUAGCUUCCAAAGAAUUUGGAUUGAGAAAGCGAGGGAAUGGUGAAGAAGGUAAGGGAACUGCAAGAGAGGAUAGUCUGGAUCAAGGAUCCCAAGGUUGGGGUGCUAAUAAGGUUCCAAGACUUAAUUCUUCAAAAAAUGUUGAUCAAACUGAAGCUACCAUGAGGAAGGCACGAGUUUCUGUUAGAGCUAGAUCAGAGGCGCCUAUGAUCACAGAUGGAUGUCAAUGGAGAAAGUAUGGACAGAAAAUGGCCAAAGGAAAUCCAUGUCCUCGAGCAUAUUACCGAUGUACCAUGGCAGCUGGUUGCGCAGUCAGAAAACAGGUACAAAGAUGUGCAGAAGAUCGAACAAUCCUCAUUACCACAUAUGAAGGCAAUCAUAACCACCCUUUGCCUCCAGCUGCAAUGGCAAUGGCAUCAACCACAUCAUCGGCAGCACGAAUGCUAUUAUCAGGUUCUAUGUCCAGUGCUGAUGGACUAUUGAACUCGAAUUUUCUCACAAGAACUAUCCUGCCAUGCUCCUCUAGCAUGGCUACUAUAUCGGCUUCAGCCCCAUUCCCCACUGUUACCUUGGACCUGACACAGACCCCAAACCCUUUACAGUUCGCAAAGCCACCAGGCCAAUUCCAGGUCCCAUUUCCAAACCCACCACAAAAUCUUGCCAAUUCCCCAGAUGCAUUGCUGCCUCAAAUAUUUGGUCAGGCACUUUACAACCAAUCCAAAUUCUCCGGUCUACAAAUGUCUCAAGACAUGGAGCAACCUCAAUCGGGUCACCAACUGCAACAUGGCCAGCAAAAAUCACUUGCUGACACUGUAAACGCAGCCACUGUGAACGCAGCCACUGCUGCCAUUGCUGCUGAUCCUAACUUCACAGCAGCUCUAGCAGCAGCUAUCACCUCUAUUAUUGGGAAUUCUCACCCCAACAACGUCCCUAAUAAUAAUGGUAACAACCUCACAUCUGCCACCAACAGCAGUGGCAAUGUCGCUACUACUAGCAACAGCAACAGCAAUGGCAACAAUAAAAUCAACAACUCCUGUUUUGCUGCAAAUUAGAAGCAAUUAAGGUCACCUUCUAUUCUUUAUUUUUUUGAAGGAAGAAGGGCAUGCACCUUUUUUUUUUUCAUUUUGUUCAGGAGGAAAUUACAAUUAUACAUAUGUCUUGCCAUUUUACUUUUUCAGGGUGGGGUAGGAGUAGACAUAAGAUUUUAGUGUUCUUUACUUAGCUGAAUAAUUUGUUUCAAUUUGUAUGUCAAUGCAAAUUCAAAAUUUAACAUUUUUUUUUUUUACAGUUUUUAAACUUUUGGAAUAACUAUCAU